CACACCUUCAUGAAAGUUCCGCGUUCUAAAUUAAGGCUUGAGUUCAACAAAACCCUCUGAAAAUACAGGGUUCUUAAUUGUAUAUUUAUUAUAUACAUACACAUAUAUAUAUAUAGAUCUCUCUUUAGAUUAGUGAAAAUAUUGGUUUUUUGUUUGUAAAUUUAGUUCUCUUUUCAUGCAAAAAAUCUGAUCUUUGAUAUUUGUAGUGUGUGCGUGUAUGUAUGUACAAAAGGAUUUAACUUUCUGGUAAAUUUAGGCUGUUGAUCCGUGUUUAUUUGAGAUCAUCGCCGAUUUUUCCUUUAUUUUUCUUGUUUGGUUUGAUUUUCUCACACUUUCCUUCACUUUCUGAGUAUGGAGACAGUCAUGUUACAUUCAUCUACAGAUCAAUCACUCUCUCCUUACAGAUCCAUGAGAAACCCUAAGAGAAACAGCACUCGACCUAUGAUUUCACGGUCUUCUAAAAAUUCAGCACCGCUUCCUUCAACCUUAUCGUCUAACUUUGGCGGGGGAAUUUUUCACGCGCCUCCAUUUUCUCUCUCCUACUCCACGUACACUCCUUCACUUUCGAUUCUCAAUCAUUAUCAACCACAAAAACAACCACCUCUCCUUCCUCUUCCGAUCUCCAAAUCUGACAACAAUUCCCGAAACAGAGGCCUCUCGUGCCCUCCGAUCAACAGAAAAAUCAACCGAACCAGAGCUCAAUCUCUCACCCCGAAGAAAUCAAAGCCGUCCAUCGUCAGUCCGAAGAAAGGAGAUGACAUAAAUCGAGAUUUGAAAUCGAUGUCAUCGUCAUCAUCAGAGUGUUUGAUCAUCACAUCCACUGAUCGGUUGGGACCUGAACCUAAAGAUUUUCUGAAGGAUGUUUCUAGGGUUUCUUCAUCAGGAAAUAACGGUGACUUGGAGAAGUUUUCAGGUUCGAUGUCGUCGAUCCUGUCUCCUCCGCCGAGCAGCUUGCCUUUGCCGACUUUUUCUCUCAGGCCAAAGCUCAGCUGCAAGGCCGAGGUCGGCGGGAUCGAUGCCGGAGCGACGGACAAGCUCAGGCGAAUUCUACGACUCCCGUGAAGUGAAUCAUAUCGCUUUCAAUGUGGUGUGUGGCUGUUAUUAUGGUUACGCAAAUAAGAGCAUGAACUCCAACAUGCUGAUAAAUAUGUUUUAAGUGUAAUUUUGUGAUCACCGCCUAUGUUUUUGAAUGGGGUGCACAAAUAUAUAUAUAUAUAUAUGGAGUAUUAAUUUAUAUAGACACACCAGGCUUUAGGCAAGGUAGUUGUUGCCUGAGGUGUUACAUGUAUUUCGUUUUAUUCUCCGUUACUACAAUGUAAACGAUUACUGUAUUUUCUGAUCUA